CCCCGGCAGCGCCGCAAGCGGGUUCCCAGCGCCGAGGGACCCCCGAGCUCAUCCCGCCGCUCCCAGUCCCAGAUGGUGGUGAUCGAGCAAAACGGGUCCUUCCAGCUCAAGAACUUCAUCUGCGACCACUGUUUUGGGGCCUUUCGGAGCAGUUACCACCUCAAACGGCACAUCCUCAUCCACACCGGGGAGAAGCCCUUUGAGUGCGACGUGUGUGACAUGCGCUUCAUCCAGAAGUACCACCUGGAGCGGCACAAGCGGGUGCACAGUGGGGAGAAGCCCUACCAGUGCGAGCGCUGCAUGCAGAGUUUCUCCCGCACGGACCGGCUCCUGCGGCACAAGCGGAUGUGCCAGGGCUGCCAGGGCAAGACCCCCCCUGACUCCCAGCUCCUGCUGUGAAAUUCUAGGAAUUCUGGGAAUUCUGGGGGUGCUGGAGGAAGGGGGAGCCUCCCUCCUGCACCCCCCACCCUCUGCAUCCUCUGCUUCACCCGGAUUUUUCACCCUGAGCUGAGAACUCCUAAAAAAACCUGGAGCGUUCCCAGUGUGAAAAACUCGGAGCUUUCCCACCCUUCUGGCCUAAAAACUGGGAUAAUGAGCCCAAAAAUCCUCCUGGAAUCUUCAAGCUGUGCCCUCCUCAUCGUUGGAUCCCUAAAUCCACCCCACAUUCCCCCAUAGGACAGACUGGGAGCCCCCAAACUGCCCCAAAUCCCAGCAGGUUUGGGGUACCUAGGACACAGGUAGGAGGGUUUCGCUGGGAAUGACAUCUACAAUCCUGCUUUUCUGGGGGGAAAAAGGAGGAAAACUGAGGAUUUUGGGGGGUGUCUCGGCUUCGGAGGGGUAGCAAAUUCCCCCUUUUUAUGGAAAACA